AAUAAUUUUAAUUUGCAAAUUAUGGGGCGCAGCGGGCAGGGCAAGAGCCUAGCAUCCAAGUCAGUCGCCCAGCGAACGCCGAACGAGACGGACGUGCUUAGUUAUAGUUCUUCUGCUCGCGUGUAGGAAGCCAAAGGGAAUGGGUCUUUGCGAAUUUGGCAAAAUUAAAAAUAGCACGAGUGCGGGCAGGUAGGCAGCGCCGAACUCUCGGCCAUUCGAAACUGAUAAGUGCAACUUGUGAAAUUGAUACUGGAGCGUGAGCCCUUGAUUGAAAUGCGCGGAAGUUUCCACUUGUCGAGCAGUCGGAGCUAUCAUACCCAUACCCAAGCCCGAGCCCACUGGUGGCCCCGGUAGUCGACGACGUCGCCACUAUAGCUAAUUGUGAGCCAUUAAUUGAUUGGCAGCGAACAGGGCACCAUCGGCUCCACCGGACACGCCCCCCCAUCGGCAUCGAGCGUCAUCGAGCGUCAUCGAGCGUCAUCGAGCGUCAUCGAGCGGCAUCGAGCGGCAUCUGCCCCCCACCAGCAGCACGCAUACAAAACCCAAGACCCAUAAAGGAACCGCCAGCGCAAUGAAGGGCCAGCAGGAGGAGCAGCUGGUGCCGCCGCCGGCCUACAGGCCCACCGUCGUGCCCAAGGACGCCGCCAAGGAGCCGCACGCGAAGAAGGAGAAGCCCCUGGGCGAGGGCCGCCUGGCCGUGCUGCGGCAGGAGCUCAUGGUCUUCCUGGGCAACAGCGGAGUGCUCGGCUCCGGCAUGGUGGUCAGCAUGCCCGCCGUCACCCUCAACCAGCUGCACGACGAGACGCAGCCCUUCUGGCUCAACAAGGACGAGUCCAGCUGGUUCGCCUCCAUCCAGAACAUGGCCUGUCCCCUGGGAGGACUCCUGGUCAGCUACUUCCUGGACAGGAUUGGCCGCAAGCACACCAUCCUGCUGACCAACCUGAUAGGACUAGUUGGCUGGAUCCUGCUGGUGACCAGCUUCAUGCACUCCGACCGGGACAUGAUCUACUACCAAAUGCUGGUGGGUCGCUGCUUCGGCGGCAUCAUGAUCGGGAUGUUCGUGUCCCCGGUGGGUGUCUACUCCGCCGAGAUCAGCUUGCCCAGGAUACGCGGGCGCCUGAUCCUGGGCACCUCGCUGGGCCUGGCCAGCGGCAUCCUGCUGAUGUACGUGCUGGGCUACUUCAUCAGGCACAACAUCCAGCUGAUCUUCGCCAUCAGCUGCUGCUACCAGCUGGCGGCCACCCUGCUCGUCUUCCCCAUGCCCGAGUCCCCCAGCUGGCUGCUCACCAAGGGCAAGGAGGAGCGGGCCAGGUCAUCGCUCAGGUACUUCCGCGGCCUGCCCAAGAAAGAGGUGGACUACGUACCCGAGUUCGAGGCGGAGCUGGCGCACAUGAGGGAGCUGGCGGAGGCGAGCAACACCACCGCCGCCGGCGAGUCGCUCAGCCAGAUGAUCCACCGGCCGGAGGUGUACAAGCCGGUGCUGAUGAUGACCACCUUCUUCGGCUUCCAGCAGGCCUGCGGCGUGGUGGUGAUCAUCGUCUACGCGGUGCAGAUCGCCCAGCAGGCGGGCGUGACCAUCGACCCCGUGCUGGUGGCCGUGCUGCUGGGCGUGGCCCGCAUCAUCACGACGCUCUUCAUGAGCGGCAUCUUCGAGAAGUGGGGUCGCAAGCCGGCCGGCAUGUUCUCGGCCACCGGCAUGGGCUUCUGCAUGCUGCUGCUGGCGGGGGGCAACUGGUUCCCCGACACUCUGGGCACCUGGCACUGGCUGCCGGUGGCCUGCAUCGUGGCCCACAUCGUGUUCUCCACCAUGGGCAUGCUGACGCUGCCCUUCUUCAUGAUCUCCGAGGUGUUCCCGCAGAGGGCGAGGGGCAGUGCCUCCGGCAUAGCCAUCUUCUUCGGCAUGAUCCUGGCCUUCGUGAUGCUGAAGAUCUACCCCAACAUGGAGGCCUGGCUGGGCACGGCCAAUCUGUUCGCCUUCUAUGCGGGCAUCUCCUUCCUGGCGGCCGCCUUCAUCGGCACCUUCGUGCCGGAGACGAGGGGCAGGACGCUCGAGGAGCUGGAGGAGCGCUGGCAGACGGGCAAGUUCUCGCGCCGCCUCACGCUCGUCAACCUGAAGGACGUGGAGCUGCACGAGGUGUUCCUCAAGAAGUAAUAGCAAAGGACAGAACGGGGGGUUACACUUAAGUUCCAGGGGCACGCUCGCAGCUUUUACACUUCAGGAGGCCCCGAAAACAGUCAAACCCAUUGUGAAUGUCUGAAUAUUUUUUAGAAUUUUGAAAACGCUGGCAAUGUGCCCUUGGAGGUCGCAUUUCCUUUAGAAAGCGGGUCGGGGUUUCAAUCUGUGAUGUGUUAGGUGCUUGGCCUUGGCAGCCAUGGAAUGCGGCGAUUCGAUAAACAAUAAAAACCAUUUACCAAGUAAACAAAGUCAAUUGAAGUGCAUCUGCAGCGACGGUCGGUGGCAGUGAUCAGGCGACAGAGAAUUUUACACAUUUUACAUAAACCUUUUUUUGUUUUUUUUUUUUUUGUAUAUAUUUUUGUACUUUUACGCCCUGUAUUAUAAUGAAUAAAACACGCGUAUGACUGCUAUUUGCAACAUACAGACAACAACAAA